CCCGCCCGUUUCAGAGCCCUCCCUCCCUCCCUUCCCCUUCGACCGUCCCCAAGACCUCAUUUUAUUUCGUUCUUCCUUCAGACCCGACACCGAGCACCAGUCCCGUGCUGCCUUCUGACUGAGCUUGCUUUCGCUUCCCUUCCCAUCCCAUCCUUGCACUUCUCCUUUGCCCUCCAGAACCGUAGCCAACAGCCCACAAGCAACCCACCAUGGCCGCUGGACAGAACCCCUUCAGCAUCGAGGAGGAUCUCGCCAACCCCUUCGCCGAUCCGUCCAUCCAGAGCUCGCUGAGCACAUCGACCUAUGCGGCCCUUGGCGCCCCUCGCGCCAGCGACGACCUGCAUUCGCAUCCGGCCGCCGAUUUCUCGAUCCCAAUGACUUCCCAGCUGCCGUCGAGCUCCACCUCGGCCUCGACUCAGCUCCCGACAUCGAUCCCGUCCAAGACCGACGCCGCCCUCUCAGCCAAAGAACAGGACUUGCUGAGGCGUGAGCGCGAGCUGGCCGCCCGGGAAGCAACCCUCCGCCAAAAGACCGAGGCGCUGGAACGGAGUGGAUUGCACCCACCCAACUGGCCGCCCUUUUAUCCGUACAUCUACCACGACAUUGACGUCGAGGUUCCCGAAAAGUCCCGCCCGCUGAUGUGGAACAUCUAUCGCUUCUGGCUGGCGACCGUGGCCUUCCUGAUCUUCAACAUGUUCUCGUGCCUGACGCUGCUGCUCUCGCACCCCAGCAAUCUGCCCGCUGUUGCCACGGACUUUGGAGUCAGCAUCGUGUACAUGUUCUUUAUCAGCGCCGCCUCGUUCUACCUUUGGUACCGUCCCAUCUACAGCGCCUUCAAAACAGACAACUCGCUCUACUUUUACAUUUUCUUGCUCUUCAACGGCGCACACAUUGCCUUCUGCUUCUACAUGGGCGUUGGCAUCCCUGGUGCUGGAUCGGCCGGCUUUAUCAACAUGCUUGCGGCGCUUUCGGACGGCAAGAUCGUCGCCGGAGUCUUUUGCAUCAUCUCCCUGUCUGGCUGGAUCUGCGGUGGCCUCGCCUCUCUGUACCUCUGGAAGCAGGUCCACGACUUUAACCGCGCUGCUGGCCACACGCUCGAAGGUGCUCGUAACGAGGCCGUCAGCAUGGGUGUUCGCAGCGGCGUCGUCCAGGAGGCUGCCCGUUCGACCUACAUCCGCAGCGACGACGGCCAGUUCUCGGUCUAAGGCUAAGGCUCAGUCCCCAAUCCAGCGGCCGUUCCGACAGUGCCUCGACACUCUGUCCGUGGAACGAACAUGUCGUUGCAAGAUGCCCCCCUCCCUCUUCAAGACACCCCCGACAUUCCUGGACAGUGGCUGUGGUUUUUGCGUGGUCGCUUAAUCUAUGGGAAUCUAUUGAUUCUCUGCUUUCAUGUUGCGGGUUGUAUGGCCACUGCAAAUCUGGACCGAACACGAUGCGGCUCCGCGACCACAGCCAUGAUGCAGUGCAGGCGCUUGGGCGUCAUUCUCUCACCCUCUGCUCGGCGAUCUGCUCGGCGAUCUGCUCGGCGAUCUGCUCGGCGAUCUGCUCGGCGAUCUGCUCGGCGAUCU